AAGUACGAGAGGGGAAGUCGGUUUAUAAUAAGGAACUCGCCCCCCAACCCAAUGUGUUUCUCUUCCUCCUCUUCCGCAAAGCUCCAGACUCACCUUCGAUCGUCCAGUGCAACGAUGGCGGUGAGAGGGUCUCGUCGGCAGAAUUAUCGUUGCUUUGGCCUCUCCCUGCUGCAAUAUCGCCGUUUGGCCGAAAUACCACCUCUCCAUGCAGUCUGCGAGGUUGUUCUCCCACGGGAGAUACACUCGCGCAUCCUGGGGCACUUGGAAGCGUUGCAUAAGGAUCUCGAUGAGCCUUCAUGCCCUACCUGCCUGGCAAGGGAUCUCUCGUCUUACUCGAAAGUGUGCAUGGAAUGGCAUGCGGCUGCCAUACCACAGUUGUUUGUUACCUUGAUAGCCCGACACGAUAUAAAUAACGGAGCUAGGUGCUGAUGAGUUUCGGAUAAUAGAUACGGCAGGAUAUAUAUUGCGGGGGACGAUUCGCCCGAGCUUAAGAAGCGGAUAAAGAUGCGAAACGGAUGCCGAGCAUGGCUUCUCCGAAAGACGCUACUCGUUAGGCCUGAUUUUGCUGCUAUGGUCAGGCAAUUGAAGUUGCCCGAAUAUCAGGACUUGACGGCCAAGGAGAGCAAGGAAAACAACAAGCUCGUGGCAUCAAUAGUCCAGUUGUGCCCACACCUGGAAAGGCUGGAGGGGCACUAUCCCGAGUACAGAGUGGGUGUGAAGGAUAACCUCCAGACCGCCCUUCUCUCUCGAGACUUUUUGAAGGAGCAUAUUUGGACGAUUCAGCCCGAGGGACCUAUGCAGCUGGCUCAAUCAGAAUCAUUCGCGAACGCGCAUAUCCGCUGGACCAAGCUGGAGACAUUGGUUUUACAGGGGGGAUCCGGGAACAAAGCUGGGUCGAUGAGCCAUCUCACGUUUGCGGGUGUUUUCGAACAGCUACCCUCGCUCAAGAAGCUGCUCGUGGCUCGAUUCCAUGACUACGAAUUCGAUGACAACACUCUUAUGGCCAUCCCGGACCAAAUCGAGUACCUACGAUUAGAGGAGCUCCCUGGCGUAACGGACGCAGGUGUAUCGGAGUACGUCGACCGAGCCUCCGUCCGCCGAAGAAUCCGCUCGUUGUCGCUGAUAGAACUCGAGCUACUCUCGACCCUUCUCAUCUCCAAGAUAUUCUCCCGUCUGAUGCACCUGGAGAAGUUCACGCUGGUGCAAACCAGCAGUCCGCAGCUACCCCCGCAGUCAUGCGCAGACAGGACCAAGCCAACGUUUGCCUCGGCGACCCUACAGCUCCUCCACUGGGAUGUGCUAAUCCCUGGACCAGCCAACAUUCUACUCGCCCGUAGCAUCCACUCUUCCGCCUUCCCGGCCCUAAAGGCCAUCCGCGCGCCGUCGGACCACCACGGUAUCAUCCAGGUCGUUUGCAAACCACUCGAGCAUAUUGUCCUCCCCUUCGACAGGGUCGAAGCCCGCCUCCUGAGGAUACAGCAGGAGCAGCGAGAGGACAAAUACUUCUACCCGGAGACCCGGUACUCCCGCUCGCUCCCCCAGGCACGUAUAAACGCGCAAGACCGAAUUGAGGCGGCGAGGGAGAGCACAUUUAUGCGUAUAGUGGUGACCGAGGGGACGGCGAAGAAGGAGGGAUUAAGCGUCGACUUGAAGGCAUUCAUGGGAGACUGGAGGAGCAAAGUCAAGUACGAGCUAUUACCAGAUCUCUGGGGCAGCGAGUUUGCUGUCCUGACGGUUGCGGGCCUGCUUAAUGCCCGGGUAUCGACAGAGUGGAGGCCGGGCGAUGGAGUGGAUAUGUGCAACGGCAGGUGGAACUCGAGGAGCUUUGCUUCUGGGAGAGGGGUCAAGUGGUGGGGACAUACCGAGCGAACCCCCGGGAUGAGGGAUAUGGAGUUGGCCAUGCUGUUUUAGUCCUUUAGGCAUUAUCUCUUUUCCGCGUGUAUGUGUGUGUGUGUGUGUGAUUUACUGGUUGGAGUUUUUGGGGCUUUUUGGAUUUGGGCGUUAUGAAGAUUAUGGAAGGGGGGAAAGGGAAGGAAAAGGUUGGGAAGGUUAUGUUGAUAGGAUAGGGAUAUAAUUAAUUUAAUUGAGUGACUGGG